AUGACCAAAAAAUCAAUCGAAUUAUCCGAAUUACCACCGGAAAUUCAGCAAUUAUUGGUGGACAAAUGUGAUUUUAUUACAAGACGUCGACUCCGUGCCUCAUCCUCCCUCAUGUAUCAAGUCGUCAAUUCCACUAAACAAUACAUUCCAUUUGUGAAAAUCAAGGAACUUUCGAACGAAGGAGUACUCGUGAAGCUGACAAUCAAGUUGUUCAAAGACGAUUACACGCUGAAAUUCAAGAAAAAUCAGACGGGCGGAACAAGAAUUUGUCAAGAUUUUCGAAAGGAAGUGUUGAUUGAAAAUUCGAAUCCAAUGGAUGAAGCGGUCGACUGGUUCAGACAGAUGUGUCUUCAGAAGAACGUCACAAUCGGACAGUUUCAUAUCGGAUCGACUUACGACUCGGAAAAAUUGACAGAAAAACUCGACGGAGUUCUUGGGAAGAGUGAAACUCCAUUAAAAAUCAAAUCGAUUCUUUGUGUGGGAACAGAAUCUGUUGAUUUGAUGUGGAAGCUUAUGGAAUAUUGUGAUAAGAACCUUCUGAAAGAGAUGAAAGUGGUAACGUCGAAUAAAGAUGAGAUUUUCGAAUUGUUUGGAAAGCAGGACGAAAUUGUGAAGACUUUGGAGAAGAUUGAGAUCGACCCUGUCUGCAAUGCCUCCGUUGAAGACGUUCUAUCUCUGAACGCAUCCGUGAUCUCUUUGAAAUCCGAGAAUUUCACUGAAGAUUUGGUCUACAAUCUUAUCGAGAAAUUCACAAACAGGAGAGAAGAUGGAUCGGCAUUCUGUAUCGAAAACUCGCAGAAACGAAAUUUGGAUUUGGAAAUGAUUCCGCCAGGAUUCAAAGGAACGAAUAGUACAAACGAAUACAAGGAAUUCCGCAACCAACUCAUCGAAACCGAUCACCCGACCGUCUACAUCCGUGUCAGUGAAGAUCGAGUUCGUCUUCAGAUCGGAGACACCAAAAAAGCGAAUUUCUGGAAUGAAGACGGAAGAAUGUAUAUAAAUGCACCGGAGUACGAUUACGACUCAUCAGAAUACGACGCGUACGAUGAUUUUGAUGAUUUGGAGAGUGAAUAUUAUGGGAACCCAUAUGCAUCCGAUCCAGAUUAUGAUCUACUCGAUGAUAGAGCGUUCGAUGAAUCGGAUUUCGAGGACGAUCAAGACGAGUACUAA